AUGCCUUCUUUGUUUGACCAGUUUACUUCUACAUUUCCCACUUUUAACCCAGCCUCGCAUAACAAAGCUCGAAAGGACCCGUGGAACAUUACUCAAGCAGACUGGAAUCAUGCUCCCAUCCCGUCAUACAUUGUCCCGAACGUCUCCGCCGUCGCAAAGCUGGGCUUCAAGAAGAGCCAUUUUCGAGGGAGACUGGAGCUGAGAAUCAGCAUGAGGCGCCUUCAAGAUUAUACCCCCCGGCUUCGAACAGGGUUACGAGAUUCGGUUACUGGUGACAACGACGAUCGCCUAAAAGAUGCACUACCUCUCGCGCAAACUUUGCUUUUGCUCAUGGCAAUGUCAACGUGGGGAGAUCCGGCAGUCUUUUGCAACGAGCCUGCUAGCCUUCAAAGUGUUUUGGCUUGCUUUGUUCGAGAAGAGAAGCUCCUUCAAACUCGCAACUUGCAUAUUGCAGCGUGGCCGGAAUGGAUACAUGCCGAGGGAUUGAAAAGGACCGCCGCAAUUAUAUUUUGCUUCUUCAAUUUCCAUACAAUCAUUUACAAUACUCCGCCUCCAAUACUCAACUCUGAACUCAAUAUCAGUCUUCCCUCACGUGAAGCAGACUGGGAAGCCCAGACUGAAUCUGCCUGGCGGGAAGCUCGAAAAGGAUUUGAACAAUAUUCUUCGCUAGGCGGUUACGUUCUGAUUCUGGCAUUGAUCCAGCAGAUUUAUCUGCUACGAGAAUUGAACAAGAUGAAGCCCAAAGCAAAUGGUGAUAUGUCAUCAUUAGACGAGAUGGACGUGAACAAUAUGGAAUUGGCGCUCAGAAACUGGCAAGUUCAAUGGGAAAACAACCCUGAAUCCUCUUUGCAACCAAGCAAUUCUUCGGGCCCAGUGUCUUUCAACUCAACUGCGCUUCUCCGCAUGGCUUAUAUACGAUUACAUGUCGACGUGGGGCCAUGGCGUGCGCUCGGUGAUCAGGAUCCACAAAUCCUCGCGCAAACAAUACACCAGAGCCCACGCUUGAGGAGGAGCCCAAAGCUCACAAGCACUGUUUUAUACUCUGCACACGCACUGAGCAUCCCAGUGAAACUUGGAGUCAACACUGUCGCACACAAUCAAGCUUUCACUUGGUCACUCCAACACUCUCUUUGUGCUCUCGAGUGUGCGUUUGUCAUCAGCAAGUGGCUGGAUACCUUGGGAUCAGAUUCCUCUAGCACUUCACUUGACGAAGAUGAGCUUCGGUUGCUUGCUUAUAUAACCGACAUGGUAGGAGAAGCGGAUAGUUUGUCCGAGCAAUGGCAGGUUGAAGGGCUCGAGCGAUCUCCGAUUGAAUUGUGUUCUCAUGUUAUUCGAAUUUGGUCCCGGAUACUCAGUGGAGAAACUAUAUGGUCUGUGGUCCAUAUGGUCGGGCAGGCGUUGAAAGCUUACUGCCACAUACUGGAUGAACAGCUGAAUAUGGCUUAG